CCAAAAUGAACCCUAAAAGCCUAAUUAGGUUUCGCACCAUAUUUGUUAGAUUAGCUUCCUCCCAGUUCACCAUCGCCACAGAAAUCAGAGCUUACGUUCUCUCGGUUCAUCGGCAGCCAUGGUGAACGUGCCUAAGACCAAGAAGACUUACUGCAAGAGCAAGGAGUGCAGAAAGCACACCUUGCACAAGGUUACCCAAUAUAAGAAGGGUAAGGAUAGUUUGGCCGCUCAAGGGAAGCGCCGUUACGACCGCAAACAGUCUGGUUAUGGUGGUCAGACCAAGCCCGUUUUCCACAAGAAGGCAAAGACCACCAAGAAGAUUGUGCUAAGGCUGCAAUGUCAGGGUUGCAAACAUGUUUCCCAACAUCCAAUCAAGAGGUGCAAGCACUUUGAGAUCGGUGGGGACAAGAAGGGAAAGGGAACAUCCCUCUUCUAAAUUUGUUGACUCAUCAUAUAUCAUGUGCUUUGUUAGUUUUACUUUGCUGCAGUUCUUUGGUUUAGUUUUCUGAUUUGGGGAUACUUUGUUUUAAUUACUUAAUGACAUCUGUUAUUGUCACAAUUAGCAAUUAUUUGAAUUUGAUUGCCUU